AAAAUCUUAACAUUUAGCCGAAAAUAUACCUUAUUACGUUCAAAGAAGUUCGAAAUAUUCCAUUGCGUACUUUCCCUUAAGAAAAUUCACGAAAAUCGCCUAAUUUCUACUUUACACUAGAUAUACCAGACCAGUCAAAACGACUGUUUUCGGUAUUUCAAUUUAAAAUUCUUACUACGUGUAAUAUUUUUUUUCGUAUCAUGACUUUUCUAGUUAUAGGUUUGGAUUAUAUACAUAUUUAAUUGCCCUAAAUUUUGGAUUCACAUUUAAAAAUACUAUAUGUUCGAUUUAUAACCAAGCCCACUUCCAUAGAACGGUAUUAAUCAAAACUAAUAAACUUGCGAUAAGUCCCUAACGAACAGCUCCAGGUAUGUAAAGUCAGGUAGGUCAGUUACAUAUGACUACUCGAUUUCGUUAGUAUGCUUAUUCGGUUGCAUUAGGUCGGUUCAUAAUAUACGAAAUAUAGUUGGCUGAAAUUUAUAUAACGGCAUCACUUACAUAAAAUAAAAAAUGACUUAUCUUUAUACACAAAAUACAUAAAACAGCAGCAAAACACAUACAAAUACAUCUGAACUUAAAUAAAGAAGUAUAGACACGUAAAUAACACGCCUAAUAGUGGAAACAAUCAUACCGUUCUCCUUGUGUGAGAUAUUACUUAACUCUAAUCUCUAAUUUGGACAUGCAAGUUUAUUCCCAUUUAUUUAUAAUAUUGAUAUGCCUUAUCAUUGUUAAGAGGCCAAUAUGCAUGUUUGACAACAUUGCUAACAGACUCGUGUAGGGGAUUCGGGGGAUGCGAGUAAUAGGCAAAACGUCAAAACUCUGAGCAAACCGCACCGACUACCACUGCGGUAAGAGCAACACAGUAUUUAUACACGCUCUGCCACCACAAAGGAAGUCAGACGUAUAACAGAAGUCUAACCGACCGGCAGCUAAUAUAUAGUGCAAAGCGUAUAAUAAUCGAAAAAGUUAACUGCGUUAAAGUUUUCAAAUUUUUGUGAAUUAUGGCAAGCAAAGGAAAAGUAGGAAUUAUUGGCAGCGGCCUUAUUGGACGUUCGUGGUCCAUGUUAUUCGCCUCCGUUGGCUACUCAGUGGUACUAUACGAUAGUGUACCAACUCAAAUUGAAAAUGCUUUGAAGGAAACGGAAAAGGAGCUCAAAGCGUUGGAAGCUAAAGGCUUGCUGCGUGGUAAACUGAAUGCCAGCCAGCAGUUCGCACUCAUGUCGGGCACAACUGACAUUAAAGUAUUGGUGAAAGGUGCAAUAUUCAUACAAGAAUGCAUACCAGAACGCUUGGAUUGGAAACAAGCACUUUACAAGCAAUUGGAUGCAGUUGUUGAAGACCAAACCAUACUCUCCAGCUCCACAAGUACUUUCCUGCCAUCGUUAUUCUCGAAAGACUUGAAACACCAGUCGAAUGUACUCGUUUCACAUCCUGUCAAUCCACCAUACUAUGUUCCACUGGUAGAGGUUGUACCCGCUCCGUGGACAAAACCAGAGGUGGUGAAGAAGACACGCGCCAUUAUGGAGGAAAUUGGGCAGAAGCCCGUCGUUUUGAGUCGUGAAAUUGAAGGUUUCGUACUCAAUCGCAUACAGUAUGCCAUAUUGAAUGAGACUUGGCGUUUGGUCGAAAGCGGUAUUGUCGACGUUAAGGAUGUGGAUAGUGUAAUGUCCGACGGUUUGGGCAUGCGUUAUGCUUUCUUGGGACCACUUGAAACUGCACAUUUAAAUGCCGAGGGUAUGACCAAUUACUUCGAACGCUAUUCAAACACCAUGUAUGCCGUCAGUCAAACUAUGGGACCAACACCGAAAAUGGAAGGACCAACAGCGGUGGAGAUCGCAAAACAAUUGGAAGUUAUGGUACCGUUAGACAAGUUGGCUGAACGACGCACCUAUCGUGAUAAUUGCUUAACACAGUUGAGCAUUUUGAAGAAAAAACUUAAUGAAUAAAAUGUCGCGGUGAAAGUAUAUAAAUAUGAAUGAAAUGUAAAUAUAUCUUUUGAAUUUAUACGUUAUUUUAGUAACGUUGAUUACAUUUAUUUGAAUUAUAAACUCAAUUAACAACUUUUUGUUUUUAAAUUCAGUUGUAAUACAUACAUAUGUAUAUAUAAAUUUAAUAUGGUAGCUUACAAAAAACGCUAUUCACUUAUCAUGUUUGUAUGUAUGGUAUUUGUUGUAUAUCAUGAGCUUUUUUUAAACAUUUAUUAUUCUUAAAAUGGGAGCUUCAUAAGGGACAUACCAUGCUCCAGGCUCUCAAUGAGAUAUACAUAAAUCAUUUUCUUAUGCUGCAUGUAAAUAAAUACUUAAAUGCUAACAAAAGAA